AUGUCUGACAAUUCUAAUUAUAUCCGUCGAGCCCAAGAAGCAAGCAGCCAAGCAGAUAUAGAACUUUUUCUUCAAUAGCGCGAUAAGGCGCAUUCCUAGGUUUUACCGGAGGACCUUGGACAUAUGAAAACCUGCUAUUCCUUAUUCAUAGGGGAGACAAACAGCCUAAAUAAAGAAUUCUGCCUGAUCAAUCUCGAGAACUUGAAGAGAGAGCUGUGUGGAAAAUUUACAUUUUGGUUCGUCAAAUGGAUCUGACGAGCCAUUUCUGGCCAGUACUUGAAAUAAAAAAUGAUAGUUGCCAGAAUUUAUUAUUAAUUUUUUGAUGAUGAAGAGUAUAAUCAGAAUUUUAAUAAAUGGUACAGGAUCAUGUAAUUAAUUAAGUCACUAUGAAAAAAGUCAAAUUUUAAAAAUCAUUACUGGCAUCGUCUCCCUAAGGCAGUAAAGAGUAUUCAUUACGUUAUGUUUAUGCUUAAAUUAUCUCUUCAAAUCUUCUAUUAAAAGUUUGGAUUUUGAAAUUUAAAAAUUUAUUAAGAUGGCUAAGUCACUAUGAAAAAAGUCAAAAUUUAAAAAUCAUUACUGGCAUCGUCUCCCUAAAGCAGUAAAGAGUAUUCAUUACGUUAUCUUUACGAUUUAAUUAUCUCUUUAAAUCUUCUAUUAAAAGUUUGAAUUUAAAAUUUUAAAAAACAAUUAAGAUGGUUAAGUCACUAUGAAAAAAGUCACAUUUUAAAAAAUCAUUACUGGCAUCGUCUCCCUAAGGCAGUAAAGAGUAUUUAUUAUGUUAUCUUUAUGCUUAAAUUAUCUCUUUAAAUCUUCUAUUAAAAGUUUGGAUUUUGAAUUUUAUUGUCAAAAGGAAUUUAUUAAAAUUUCUGAUCAUACUCUUCAUCAGAAAAUUAAUAAAAUUCUGGCAACUAUCAUUUUUUAUUUCAAGUACUGGCCAGAAAUGGCUCGUCAGAUCCAUUUGACGAACCAAAAUGUAAAUUUUCCACACAGCCUCUCUUCAAGUUCUCGAGAUUGAUCAGGCAGAAUUCUUUAUUUAGGCUGUUUGUCUCCCCUAUGAAUAAGGAAUAGCAGGUUUUCAUAUGUCCAAGGUCCUCCAGUAAAACCUAGAAAUGCGCCUUAUCGCGCUAUUGAAGAAAAAGUUCUAUAAGCUGCUUCGGCCAGGAAGGUUCAGCAAAAUGUUCUCAAGUAGAGUCGGAAGAGGCAUAGAAGCCGCUGAGCUUUAUAAAAUAGCAGCCGGAUGCUACAAAAUAGGAGGAGACUGUAAAAGACCAUUUAGAUAUUUCCUCUGCAAAUGAAUUCAUAAAAUGCGCAGAAUGUCUGCCUGAAGAAGCUGCAUUUUAUUAUAUCGAUGCUGGAAAUGUAAUAAAAAAUGUGAAUGUCAUGGAUGCUAUAAAAUAUUAUAACCAAGCAGCAGAUAUAUGCUUAAAUACCCCAAAAAUUGAUAGGGCUGCAAGUCUAAAAAGGCAAAUUGCUGAACUUUAUGAGGAGAGCAAAGAAUUUAAGCUAGCUGCGGAUAGCUAUUUGCAGGCUGCUGAGCUGUUUUACUCUGUAAAUGAUGAAAGCUCGGGCUGCAGUUGUGAACUCAAGUGUGCUGAGCUUAAAAUUUUAUAUUUAAAUGAAACCGAGGAUAUUUUAAAGGCAAUCCAAGUAAGAUUUAUCUAGAUUUUUGAAACUGUGGGGGAUAAAUAUAUGAGCAAAGCAUCCCAUGCGUAUUCAGCAAGGGCUUGCUUUUUUAAGGCUGCACUUUUGUUUCUCGCAAAUGAGGAUGCUAUUGGAGCUGAAAAUGCAUUGCAUAGGUAUAUAAAUAGUGACCCUGAAUUUGAAAGCAAGCCGGAAUAUGGAUUUGUAAAUGAGUUGAUAGGUGCAAUUAGGGGAAAUGAUUUACCCCAUUUUGAGGAAUUAGUUAAUAAAAAUAGAAGGAUGUUGGAUAGUGUGGCAUCGCAUAUUAUUUUAAAGGCAAAGUCAACUAUCACGCAAUCAGAGGAAAAUCAAUGGAUUUAG